AUGAAGUACCAAUACUCCCAUCUCAUCGACCCCUCUUCCUAUGAUAAUCAAUGCCUCUGCAACGACAUUCCACUCCGCUGCCACCGCAAUUCAGACAUAGAAGAGUCUGGUCUCAUGCGAUUGCGCAACGACUGGCAGAAACAUAUCGGGCCCCUACCCUUAUCAACGUACGGCGGCCAGGGUCCGCAGUACAAUUUCACCGCCGUGACGAUCCCAGAAUGCCUUACAGAGCGCCUGGAGAUUGUUGCGUAUGUUAUGGAGUUUGCAUUCCUGCAUGAUGAUCUUGUGGAUCAGGCUGAGGCGAGUGAGGGACUUGGCCUUUUCGAGAAGAUGAUGAAAGAUAUCAAGGCGGGGGUUCAAAGUAGUGAUAGAAGACAAAGCAGCUCCGGCGAAGGCCGCAUUCUAGGCAACAUUCUUGAAGAGAUGAUGGCUGUUGACUCACUCAGAGCUAAGCAAUUCUUAGAAUAUUGGAGGCGUGGCGUAAGCCUCCCACGAGAUCAAACCCGUUUCGAAAGCUUGGAUGACUAUCUGGAUUUCAGACUCGUGGACUCAGGGGCUUUUGAAAUAGAUGAAUGUUCCAGACUGACUCGACCCGCUUGGGCCGCUGCGUUUCUUACAAAUGACGUCCAGUCAUGGGAGAAGGAGUGCGAAGAGUACAAGAACCAGACCAAGUUGAACCACACCGCAGACACGCCACACAUGGUAAACGGAGUUUGGAUACUCAUGAGACAAUAUUCCAUCGGCGUCCAGGAAGCGAUCGAUCGCGUUCACCAGAAAGUAAAGGUUUUCGUAGCAGAAUUUGUGGACACUGUCAGCACCCUCGACGGCAGGAAAGACUUAUCCGAGGAUUCGCGCUCCUUCGUAGAAGCUGCACAGUACAUGGUCAGCGGCAAUCUUAUAUGGGGAAUGUCCAGUCCUCGAUAUCGUUCUGAUCGAACUUUGAAUGGACUCCAGAUGGCGGGACUGAAGUGCACCGGGCCACCCCAUGUCUCGCCAGUCAUGAAGGACACGAAACACCCUCCCACGCCACCUGACGAAGACGUCAAAGUCGUUGACGGCUCGAAAGAGAUCGAUGACAAUGACCACAAUAAUACCCAGGUCGCCAGCCAGAUCGGUCCCAGACCCAUUGUCUCCGUUAUGCGCAAUCUCGCCUUGUUCAUCACCCAAGACCACCCUACUCUUCCAAGUUUGCCCAUUUCUGCACCAGCCUCCUACACCAGCGCACUCCCAUCCAAGAACAUACGCGACAAAGCCGCAGACGCAUUGAACAUCUGGCUCAACGUCCCACCAGCCGAUCUGUCCAAUAUUAAGCGCAUCGUCAACAUGCUUCACAAUGCGUCUUUGAUGUUUGACGACAUAGAAGAUGGUUCGACUCUGCGUAGAGGCAGUCCCGCCGCACACACGAUCUUUGGAAUUGCGCAGACGAUGAACUCGGCCGGGUGGCAGGUCGUGGAGGCUAUUGUGGAGAUGCAGAAGCUCAAAGACGAUAGCACUUUUGAGAUUUGCCUGAAAGAGUUAAGUAACAUGUACACCGGGCAAGGACAUGAUAUCUCCUGGUCGACGAAUAUUGUCUGCCCGACUCUUGGCGAGUACCUCAAGAUGGUGGACUACAGUAAGUCAAGCAGUGUUGACUUCAUUCUAAAUCUUUCUAACGAACGAACAGAAACCGGUGGGCUCUUCCGCAUACUCACCCUGCUCAUGCUUGCGCAGUCACCCACGCCCCGUAGGACAGGCUUGAUGGCACUUGCGUCGUUGAUGGGCAGAUACUUCCAGGUUCGAGACGAUUACAUGAACCUAAGUUCUGGUGAUUAUACCAAGAAGAAGGGAUUCUGCGAGGAUCUCGAGGAGGGUAAAUUCAGCUUGUUAAUGGUCCACACAAUGCAGGUGGCACCUGAAGCUGACAAAAUGCUCUUGCAAAACUUGCUGGCGCAGAGGCGCGCGGCGGGGAAAAUGUCGAUGGCGCAGAAGCACCUGGUACUGGAGAUCAUGAAGAAGAUGGGUAGUAUGGAGUAUGCGGCCAAAGUGUUGGAGGCGAUGUUGGCUGAGGUUAGGAAGAUGGUUGAGGGUGUUGACAAAGAGUGUGGUAUGGAGAAUGAAAUGAUGAGGUCUUUACUUGGUAGUUUGGAUGUAGAGGCACCGCUGCCUUAG